AUGCCCAUGCCCAGUGAUGGAUUUCUGGACAUGUCCAAAGCAAACAGAGCUGUGUCACCAAAGGAGUGGCAGGGGAGCAGCAGUAAGCGGAGUCCAAAGCCACAGCAGGAGACAGAGCAGCGGGCUUCCUGGCCCACGGAGCAAGUAAAGCUUUCCCGACUUGGUGACCCAGAGCCUCACCCGCCACCGAGAGGGCUGGGUCUGCCUCCCUUGGAGGUGCCCACCCAGACUGCGCAGAAGCAGCUUGGGAUGCAGGAAACUGAGGCUGAGGGGGACACCCCAAUCAGCAGACAUCGUGGGCACAGGAGUCCUGCAAAACUGACCCUGAAGGACCUAAGCCUGCCCGCAGAGGAGCAUACGGUGGGUUCCUGCCUCAGAUCGCCUACGGAGGCCCGGAAGCUCAGCGCAAACUUCUGGGCUAAAGAGCCGCCCAGCAAACACGCAGGCGCAACAGAGGUGGAGGAAAUCCUAAAGCGGAUUCAGAGCCAUAAAGGGGUUAUCGGAACUAUGGUUGUUAAUGCGGAAGGCAUCCCAAUCCGAACAACGUUGGACAAUUCAACAACAGUCCAGUACGCAGGACUUCUUCACCAGUUGACCAUGAAGGCCAAGAGCACUGUCCGUGACAUUGACCCUCAGAACGACCUAACUUUUCUUAGAAUCAGAUCAAAGAAACAUGAAAUCAUGGUCGCGCCAGAUAAAGAGUAUCUCCUGAUUGUCAUCCAGAACCCAUGUGAGUAG